UCCAAGUCAUAUAAACGACACGAGAAUUGGACUUAUGCGUUGACAAGCUUCUCUUACACGGCAGGGUAGACUUUUCUCUCCUCCCACAAAAGAAAAAGAAGAAGAAAAACGAAGAAAAUGAACAAGGGUAUCUACAUAAAUUUCUUAACCCAAUUUCUUGCUAGUUUUGGUUGCUGCUAAACAGGAGUGGUAUGAGUAGUCAAAUGAACACUAAAGUUCGGUUGGUUAGAUGUCCCAAAUGCCAAUUAGUUCUUCCGGAGUUAGCAGAGGUUCCUGUCUACAAGUGUGGGGGAUGUGGCACAAUUCUCCAAGCUAAGAACAGGAAAAGAGCUCCAAUAAAGAACGGACUUGAUCAGAAAGAAAUAAGCAGCGCAAGUGAAGAAGCUUCUCCUCCUUCGAAUGGAGAUGCUUCACUGAACGAGUCCGAUCAAGGGGGUGCUGAAGACUGUAACAAGGAUCUACCUCGACAGAUUAAUUCCCCCAAUGAGCUUCCACACUCUUCUGGGCUUAGCUGUCUUGAGAAUGAAGAUUCUUUAUCCAAAUCUGAAGAACAUAAAAGAGAUGAACACAGUUGUGCUUUGGACGAAAAGACAGAACGAUAUGAACACCAAAAAGAGUUCUCAGGAGGAGAAAACUUCUCCAAUAGACUUUCUAGCUCAGGUCAACUUACUUGUGAUGAAUUGGGAAGUCCGAUCGUUGAAGCCAAAGAAGAUGCAGAGUGUUCAGCCAUUGAAGAGAGAGAGCAACUGGAGCUGGAUAAAGACACUGGAUGUCCAGCCCCUGAAACCAAACAAGAUGCCGAAGGUUUAGCCCUUGAAGCGAUGGAACAACUGGAAUUGGAUGAAGACAACUUCCUUGUGGAUCACUGCACUGUAAAUGAUAAAAAUGAAAGUGGAGUUAACCAAAGGAGGCUUAACUCCAUGGGUUCUACUUAUUUUGAAUGUAUCAACCACAGAGAUGAGUUAGCCCGUGAUGGCAUUGAGAAGCAGUUAUCUGUAUGCUCUGACAUGUACCAAAGUCUUUUGAAUGAAAGCAUCAUAACAGACACUUUGAUGUCUACUGAUCAUGAGCAGUUAGAGCAAUUUCAAAAAGAGAUUCCCUCAGGUUUUGACCGCAUAAGCUCUAUGGAUACGUUAGAAAAUUCUGAGCCUCCUGUUAAUCUCAGAAAUAUGAUCAAAUCUCCAACACACAGAAGUUACUAUGCUUACGAUGGCAGUGCAUCUUCAUGUGAUGGGGAUGAUCAUUUACCUAAUCAGUUCCAUCAGCAACCUAAAAGAAAGUUUAGCUCUAGCGAGUUUCAUUUGGAUGAUAGAUGCCGAGAAAACAACACAAUGAGCAGCGAGUCAAAGAUAGUACAGAAUGCGAUGAACUUGUCCACAGCAUUACCAGGAAGGAGACAUCACGCUACAGAAGGGAGCAACUGGAGUCCUGACAAAUGGCCUCCAUCUAGGAAACAUGGUCAGGCCUCCGGAAGUAGGAUGAGAUUGGACAAGGAUGAACAAACCAUAGCAUUUUCGUUUAUUCCAACCGGUUCUCACACAGGACAUAACCUUGGAAACCCUUCAAAUUAUCAGAAUAAUAUGGCCCACAAUUCUAGUCUUCAUCCAUCCAGAAUUCCCUCAAAUUCAGAACCAGACAAAAUAGAAUUGUUGAGAAUGGUUUAUGAACUUGAAGAUCAAUUGCGCCAGACACGCAUUACUCAAAGUAUGGCCAACAGACGGUUUUCUGCAGAGGUAAUGAGCGCUGAAAAGUAUACCCCCUUAUACUAUGAUCAGUUUUCGGCAGAUGGUGAAGUAAGUGCUGAUUUGAACUAUUCGAGAUAUCCUGUAAGAUGCAGUCAUGGAAAAGGCUGGCUGCAACAACGUAAAAGCUCCAGAAUACCUUUUUCUGCAGAGGCUGCACAUUACAGGCACCAAGCUGAUUACCUGUGUUUACACUGCUCCCCUCAGGUCCGGCAUAGCUCAGAACAGUUGCAUCCUUCAGUUUGCUAUAACAAAGGUUGUCGGGUUGCCUAUUCCAGCUGUAACUGUUGCAAUCACCUCCAGUCUACUUCUUCAAGUCCUCAGCAUUACUCAAGCUCUGAGUAUUCCCGAUGGGACCAUGAGACAAAAUCUGAUGAUAGGAGGUACAAAGAUCAUGAGAUGAAGAAACUAUACCUGCGAGAAAAAUACUCAAAGAUGCGUCAUCUCCGACCAGUAGCUGGUGGAGCGCCAAUAAUUGCUUGUUACUAUUGCAGCGAACUCCUACAGCUGCCUGCGGACUUUCUUUUUUCCAAAAGGAGAUGCCAUCAGCUUAGAUGCAAUUCUUGUAGAAAGGUUUUGAAGUUUUCUCUCCAAAACCAAACACAUGUAGUCCCAUUCUAUGCAGAGGCUUUAGCUCCUCCACCAAGUGAGGUUGAUGUCAACACUGAUGCUGUUGAUCGACAGAAUCUGGCAUCCGCAUAUCAUUUUAAUUCUUGUCCGCAUACUGAUCCGAUAUCGUGUUCUGAUGAUUUGGGACCGUCUUUCUGCAGAAGUUGCUCUACUGAAGGGGAGUCUUCAUUACCUCCAAUUCAACCUCUUGUAAGGAAAUCUUUCAACAGAGAGAUAUCCUCUAGCAGUUCAGGUAGAAAAAUGAAAUCUGUUUUGAGGGAACCUCACAGGGAAUCACCAGGGCGUUCGGCUAAGAUGUCUAAGCGGGGAAAAGGAACUUCAGAAAUUGAGGAAGUUCAACCAUCUGGAGGCUCUCCCCUUCACCGGCUAAUGGGUUAUUCUUCGCCAAGUGAGGUCAUACAUUGGUGACUGGCUCAACUUUCAGGAAAUGAACCAAGAUUCAAAAAGAAAGAUGCAGGUCAUUAGGCAACAAAGUGCAAAAGAUCCAGCAACUUUUAUUAGAUACUUAAAUGUGAAGGGGUUUACUUGGAACAGGUUUCUUGGUGGUAAAGAUAUACCUACAGAAGAUGUUGAAACACAAACAAUAUUCCAUUUAGGCUCAUCCGUGUGAAUAUCCUGAGCAAGGAGAUUAUAUCAUUUUCUUAUAGUUUUUUUAUUUUUUCACUUUCCACACUAUGUACAGGUGAACCAAAGUGGCAGCUUGUUGGUUAUAUAGCAAUUUGAGGUGUUCAUGGGUACAAGAGUCUGGUACUUUUUGAUUUCCAGUUAUUUGUGUGAUGAUAAUGAAUAUGUAUUUAAAUAAAGGACAUAUUCCUGAGUUUUUUUUUUU